AUGGAAAUGCAGUUCUGGUUUCCUCAGCUUUGGGAGACACUGCCAAAGAGAUCCACUUCUCAUCCCAUUCAGAUAACUGAGGUAUAUUGUGUGACUGAGGGUGGGAGUGUCUGGGCAGUCGCCGGUAGGGCUGCUGGAGGGCAUCAGAGGGAUGUGCUUCCUACUAAUCGUACCGGGAUUGGAUUUCCAAAGAGGACAAUAUUGGUUAGAAAUGACUCCUCAGUGACUGAAUUUCUUCUUGCUGGAUUAACAGACCGCCCAGAGCUCCAGCAACCCCUCUUUUUCCUGUUUCUGAUGAUCUACAUUGUCACUGUAGUGGGCAACCUUGGCUUGAUCAUUCUCAUCGGUCUCAACUCUCACCUCCACACCCCCAUGUACUACUUCCUCUUCAACCUAUCCUUCAUUGAUCUCUGUUACUCUUCUGUUUUCACCCCCAAGAUGCUGAUGAACUUUGUAUCAAGGGAGAACAUCAUCUCCUAUGUCGGGUGCAUGGCACAGCUGUUUUUCUUUCUCUUUUUUGUCAUCUCAGAAUGCUACAUGUUGACCUCAAUGGCCUAUGACCGCUAUGUGGCCAUCUGUCAUCCAUUGCUGUAUAGGGUCACCAUGUCCCAUCAGGUCUGUUGCUUGCUAACUGUUGCUGCAUACAUGAUGGGAUUUGCUGGAGCCUCUGCCCACACAGGCUGCAUGCUUAGACUGACCUUCUGCCAUGUCAAUAUCAUCAACCAUUACCUGUGUGACAUUCUUCCUCUUCUCCAACUCUCUUGCACUAGCACCUAUGUCAAUGAGGUGGUAGUUUUGAUAGUCGUGGGAAUUAAUAUCACAGUACCCAGUUUUACCAUCCUGAUUUCUUAUGUCUUUAUCCUCACUAGCAUUCUUCAUAUCAGAUCUGCUCAAGGACGAUCAAAAGCCUUCAGUACUUGCAGCUCUCACAUCAUUGCUCUUUCUCUUUUUUUUGGGUCAGCAGCAUUCAUGUAUCUUAAAUAUUCUUCUCCUGGAUCUAUGGAGCAGGGAAAAGUUUCUUCAAUUUUCUAUACUAAUGUAGGGUCCAUGCUCAACCCCUUGAUCUACAGUUUGAGGAAUAAGGAUGUCAAAAUAGCACUGAAGAAAGCCCUGAUUAAUCUGGAGGAGAAACACGUUCUAAUUAGAAGCAGCAACAAUAUAAAGAAGCCCAGUGUCUUCCGUGUUAAUCUUUAUGCUUCACAAAGACUGGUGAUGGCGGUGGCUGUGUUGGAAGGGGACCCAGAAAGAAAGUCCUGGCUGCUGACACAUUCAGUCUUUGUAGAGCUGGGCGAUGGUGGUGACUGA